GGAAAAGACAAAAAAAGACGGCAAUGUAUCUAUCCGUGUUCUACCAGAAGAUUCAGUCUCAGUUUGCACAUUUGCAGAGUAGUGCAGCGAGGCCCCGGAUAUAUAUAUCUUUAUCUUGAAAAAUCUAGUGGAUAUCAUUAAUCUUGGCUGAUGGCAACCGGAUGCGCGGCCACGUGUCGAGCCACUGGACACGUGUCUGUUGCUCGUCUAGCUGGCCGCCAGGAAGAGCUCGAAACGAAGGUGCUCGGCAAUCGGCGCGCAGUGCGUGCCGCAGCGGUACGGACGUUGGAUGACGGCGCCACUGAUAGCUUGGCACUUCGUAUCUGUGGCAACGGAGGAGGAGGAGGAGGAGGGGGAGGAGGAGCAAGGGGAGGAGGAGGGGUAGGGGGCCCUUCUUGUGCAAGGAGUAGAAUCAGAUCACAGAUAGAGUCCCGAAGUGGAACCAUCUCGGGGUCCAGUCGAACUGGUGGGAGUCCGAGGGUUGGCACGACGAAGGAACGAGGACUGACCACCAUAGAUAGGACGUCGAUCAACGACCAUCGAGCAAUCCAUGGCCAGCACUCGUUUCUUCUUCGAUAUGGACGAUGCGGAGAAGAAGACAAAACGAAGCAUGGUCAUCGUGAUGAUCGUGAUGGAAAAGCUGACGGCUGGUGUGAAGGAACAACGCGUGCAAUCCUGCCACGUGGCAAUCGCAUAUGCCUUGUUCUUGAUCCUGGCGGCUGGGAUGGAAGAGUCUCUGGGCUUCUGGUCACCAACCGAGAUGAUCGUCAUCGUGGAAACGAUCGACAGCCGUACGGUCUGAUGCAGUCGAGCGGUCUCAAGCUGCCGGCUGUCAAAAGCUCGUUCGAAGGGAGAUCUGUCCUGUGCCAUAGCCACAAAUUCGGUGGGUCCUAUGAGCGACGGCGAUGGCGACGGGAUCCCAUUCCUUGGCGGGGAGUGCGGAGAAAGGGCAGAUGCGUGAAAACGUCCUCGUCUCUAGACGGCGAUGGCGACGGGAUCCCAUUCCUCGGCGGUCCCAGGCAACGACGGAGGCUGAUCUGAUCCGGUCUAUACCGAAACGGUCGAAUGCAUAUUUCCACAGCCCUUGGCGGCGGCUGCUGUGGGGAGCGACGUCGCUGCUUGGUGGAUUCUACUCAGCGCAUGCUGUCACUCUCUCAUUUGGAGCCGUUGGGCAGGGCGUUUUUCCUGACUCUUCUUAACCUCUUCAAGCUUGGCUUCACCUGUGGCCUUUUUGUUGACGCGUUCAAGCUGGCUUUGUAAGCGGAGGCAGCCAUGCAAACCACCAAGGCAAGGAACAGGGAUGGAGGGCAAUACCGCUCAUGCAGUCUGCUUGAUCGUGCAUACCCUGCACCUGGUCAAAGGAAGGAGGCAGGGAGGGGGAGGGGGGUGUAAAAUAUGCUCCUCCCCCGCCCCCCUGCCGCUCCCCUAAUUCGUCGUUACUCGACCUGGUUCUUCCUGAUCAGCACUGCAAGGAUGCAAGAGAGCUCAGGGACGUACUUGGCCCCGCUAUCGGCCAGGGGAAAAAAUAGAGUAGAAAUGUCUCUAGUCGGAUGAAUUUGGGCGCUCCUGUAGUGGCCCGUACAUUUCCUAAAAUCGUGGCUUGUUAACGGGCACGACUUUAGGAAGUACUACUGGUGGUUUUAACUUUACACUUUAUCAAGUCGUCAAACUCCUUUUCUCAUGAUGGGAUCUGAUAGAGAGCACCGUCUGUCCUUCCUUUGCAGGAGAGGGUAUACUGCAGUCAGCUGUUCAUGCAAACCCCUCUGCGGCUUUUUUUUUUUUUUUUUUUUUUCCCCCUCCUCCAGGAAAGGCCAAGUAAGUUAGGACUGUGAGCCACUUCGAUGAGCUGCAGAGCACUGGCAUCUGUUGCGAAGUCUCGAAGUCUCUUGUCGGACUGGUAGACGACGAAACAGCAGAAACUGCAGUGUGCAGCUCAUCAACAAACACUUCUGUUUGUUUCGAGGCCGGGAAGCGCGUGAUGUGAAGAGUGUGAGGUCGAGUGCGCCCAGCACUGUUUUUCUCCGCCAUUACUUUGCAACUUUGUGCCCAUGCACAUCGUGUGUCGCACACCAAAAGACGCUGUCGAUAAUGUGAUGGCUACAACGGUGGUGGGUGUGUCUGCAAUAGAGCAAGAGGAGUUGUUGACCGAAGGUUUUUGUUGCGUGCUUUUCUACGGGGUCUAGGGCUAUACGCAACCUGGCCGGUGACAAUGGCUGGUAGUACUAGCCAGACAAGAAAGAAAAAGAAAAAAAUGCCGCUGGCCGUUCGGCAAAGCUUGGCGCGCAGCUGGAAUCCCCCACGGCAAAGUCGACGGGCGCCAUGUUACUGCUCACUCACUGCAUGGGUUGGUGGGGUUGGGCUGGCCUGAAAACUGUUGAAAGGAUAGAUUUAGUAGGACCUUAUAAUUGGAAGAGUUGGAGGUUGGUUUAUUAUUGGUUUCCUGUCCGAAGAUACACCAUUUUUGGCCCUGUUUUGUCGGAUACAGGUAUUGGUUGUUCGCGUAGUUCCUUAGGUACAUACUAUAUAGGUCACACAGUACAACCUAAUCUAUAGAGAGUCUAUUACGGACACUUGCUAGCUAGCUCCAGUUGUCUAUAAAAGACUAUAUUGACUAGUCUGGUCUAGAUCUCAGGGGCAGAGUCCAUGUGCAGUGCGGGGCUGCACUGUCCAUCCAGCCGUACGCCGGUUGGUGGUCUUUCAUUUGUCCCUCAGCUGGGAUGUUCGGUAGCAUCGCCUGUAAGUGCUUAGCUUGGCUGUAUCGUCGUCGCCCGGCCGCACUUCUCUUUUGUCGGGACUCGACAGCUGUCGAGCACAUCCGCUCAGCUCACUGCCAAAGCGAACUAUCCGCACUUCUCUUUUGUCGGGACUCGACAGCUGUCGAGCACAUCCGCUCAGCUCACUGCCAAAGCGAACUAUACCUGCUUCAGGGUUGAUGGUCAGUAUCGGAUCCAGACGGUGGACAUUUGAAAGAGGGGUCAACACCAGACGCAAUUUCCUGUUCUCCUCCACGGCCCAACGGUUGGGGUUCUGACAAAAUGAUGGUAUUGUGGUUGACGAUAAGAGCAGAGAGACGAAUGGAGCAUGGCUGCCAUAGCCAGGAGUUUGGAGGGAGAGGUUGCUGGGAGAUUAGCAGGCGACAGCUGAGUGGGAAACACGGCUCGAUUGGUGACGAGGAGACUUGAGAGAAGAUUGCUGCUGUGCUGCUGAGUGGCCAUGGCUCAUCGUUUCCAAGUGGCGAUGCUGACUGAUGUUCCGUCUUCUGCAAUUUCCGGGCCCCUGUAGCUGCCGAACCCACAACGGUCGAUCUUAUGAGCGAAAGGGGGAGGUUAGAGGUUGACAUCAAAACAGAACCUACCUUCUUCUUCCACCCUCUCUCUUCUUCCACCGUCUUUAUGCUGCUGAAAAGGGAGAGAAGAGAGACGAGAGACAAGUUUCGUUUUGUUUGUACCUCGGCGGUUGAUCCAUCUGGGUUUGAAGAGAAUUGGAUGUGUUCUUUGAGGUGAGAUUCCACAGACUCUUUGCAAGGGAUUGAAAAAUUCUCAGUUUUAGAGUUUAUGGACUUGUGUCUGUCUUACCUUCUUCUUGGUGUGUACUCGAUCCAUUACCUCCACUUCUCUGCGUGUGUGUGUGUGUGUGUGUGUGGUGUGUGUGUGUGUGUGUGUGUGUGUGUGUGUGUGUGUGUGUGUGUGUGUGUGUGUGUGUGUGAGAGAGAGAGAGAGAGAGAGAGAGAGAGAGCAAUGAAUCAAUUAAUCAGUC